GAUGGCGCCGACUGGUGGUCGGAUGCAGAGUGUUAUAUUAUGUUUUAGUUUUUUGAUGGUUUUUCUUCAGUGUUCCGCUUACAGGAAAUAUAGUUUAGGGCAUGACAAGGUUUGUUCACACGUGAAAAAACAAACAAUUAAACUUCCUCCAGAAAAUGGAAUUUUAAUUACUGAACAGCGAACAUUUGAUAAGUGGUCUGGAUACAAAGAAUUUCGCUGUAAGUUUAAAGUUGAGCUUCUAGAUGAAGGAGAUUUGUUUGCGGUGAUACAAAAUGUAACUUUUAGAAAGGAUCCAGUUACUGGUGAAUGCAUCGAUUAUGUACAGCUCACAGGUGAUGAUAAAAGAAUGAAGACUGAGAAAAUUUGUGGGACUGUCAAUGCAAUAAAGCGUCUUUAUGGAAAUGCAGUACAAUCCUAUUCAGAUACCAUACCAAUAGCUUUUGUGGAUUCUGAUGGUGAAAUAUCAGUUGAAGUGUAUGUGGCUAAUGAGCCCCUGUCUUCAAACUCUGAGGAGCUUACAUUUUCACUGGCAUUCACACGUUCUGUUCCCUGUUCUUCUCGGAACGCUUUUGUUUGUGCAGAAGACAAGUGCAUACCUGAGGAAUUCAAAUCAGAUAGUAUAGUGAACUGCCCGUAUGGAAGUUGUCUAGAUGAGCACUGCACAUUUGGAGGUGUUGGUGUAUGCUUCAGUGACGAAAGGAUGGAAGAGAACAUUCACUUGAAGAGAAUUUUACAUAAAGGAUACUCAGGGAUAAAAUCUCAAUUUCUUGUUGUGAGUUUUCAUACUUUUGUUGCAGUAGAGAAGAUCUGAGUUUUUAAAAUCAAAAUUGUGUUAGACCUUAUUAUAAUAAUUAUUAUGUAGUGUUAUUUUAAACAUCCCUUUCGCCAUGAUAUGUCUUCCAAUUUUUCAGAACUGCUUUUAUUCAUAGUUAUUUGUAUUUAGUGCAGUGAAAAUAUAAUGCAAUUCUUGAUUACCACAAGGGAUGUGAUUUUGUUUGUGUUUUCAAAUAUGCUGUUUUCAUUUUCUGUAAUUUCAAAAAAUCUCUUCGAUGAUGUCAUUUUGAGGGCUUGUCUUCUAGUACCAUUAGCAUGUACUUGGCUAAUUGGAAGUAUGAGAGGAAAGCUCAAAGAAAAUGUCAAUUAAAACCACCUGAUUGUAAGGAGAAAAUUAAUUAUGAAGUUGCUGAUACUGUAAAAUAACUUGUAAAGUGUGAUUGAAGAUUCACAUGCAGCUUAAGGCUGAGAUGCACACUUAUCAGAAACUGAACUAUUUGGACAGAUUUAUUAGGGGCCAUACUUCAAAUUUCAACACUCUGUAAGAAUUUGUUGCAGGCAUAUUCUGUGUCUCUUGUGUGCACAGUGGUGGUCUGUGCGGUUUUCACAAACUGUUAACAAAGGAACAGUUGUUUUAAGUAUUUUAUUUUCCACCAUACAGCCAUUGAAACAAGCAGAACUGUUUUUCAGUACCAUAGAAAAUGUGAUCAAACUACUUAAUAAAAGAUGAGCAUGGGGAUGCAAUAAUUUAUGAUCAAUACAUAAUUAUGUAAAUAUAAAUAUGCAGCAGAGGGCAAGCUAAAUUCUGCCCAUUACAAGUAUUAUUAAUUACUUCUGUUCUGAAUCUGCUUGUGGUUAGGUCUCUCUCUCUCUCUCUCUCUCUCUCUCUCUCUCUCUCUCUCUCCACUCCCC